UUUUUAUUAAAAUUUACUAUUGCACCUACGUACUGUAUUAAUAAAAAAAUAUAUAAUUAACGCUGUGUACAAUAGCGACGAAAAGUUGUUUUGUCGUUUUUCUUAAUUUUCUUCAAAGUUUUUAUUGACUACAAUAGUGUCAGUUGUAAUCAAAUUUAACAAUUUACGCAGUAACAAUUGCAUUAACACUAUACAUAAGAACGAAUUAGUCGAAUAGAUGAAAAACGCAGUAUGUAUAAAGCAAUCAAAUCGCAAAAUCACCAGACUAGUAACAAAUUCCUAGGUAUAGUCGCACCACUCGGUCCGAAUUUCAUUCCGUCUAGCAGAAGAUAUAUUAGUUCUAAUUCCCCUCAAAACCUCACUAUCUUUAUCAAUACAAACGGUCAUGCAAAAUGUAUAUUGGUAUAAAUGAGUAACCACCGCUGCAAAAAUUUUUCACUAAAAUGCCGCAUCAAUGACCUUGAUCAAGAAAUACAUUGAUCUGUCAAGGAUAGGUAUGCAGUUGCGCGAAAAAGCCAACAUGUGAUUAAAUCAACAAGAGAUCGUUAAUAAGCUAGUAAUCAAUUAACUUACAUACAAAGAAAGAACGCGGGCAGCGAAAACGAGGAAUGAGCGACAUAAAUUACCCUGACUAUUCCCGAGGAAUGUCGUGGGAAGGUGCAGCAGUGGGUGGCUACCCAACAGUUUACCGCGGCCGCGAGGUUAUAAGACCACUCGACAUACCAAAUAUUCAUCCCCUCGUUGACGACAGUCCAACUAACGACAACGAUCAGGUGGUCAAACAAUAUAUAGGACGUGGAUGCGGACUUGCCAGUUUAAUUACAGAGAAUCUUUUGAUACAUCCAUUCAUUGUACUGAGGAGGCAAUGCCAAGUCAAACCUAUUUCUAAAAAGUACCAUGUUGUACCCUUUACUCUUAUACCUAUCAUGAUACGUCUGCAUCAGACGCAAGGUUUGACUACACUAUGGAAAGGCAUCGGGUCUGUUUUACUAGUUAGAGGUUUGACAUUGGCUGUGGAAGAUUUGAUUUCAAAAAUUACACCAUGGCCAAAAGAGAUAACUCAUUUAUCAUUCAAGCAGCUUGGCCAGCAUAUCCUUUUGAAAUGUGUUUCUAUCGGAAUAGUUACACCAUUUUACUCUGCAUCGCUGGUUGAAACUGUACAGUCAGAGGUAGCCUCUGAAAGACCUGGUGUUUUGGAUGUAUUCAGAGAUGGAGUAAUUAGAUUACUUGAAGUAGGAACUAAAGGACGACUUAUUCCAAUUUAUGCAUUGCUGCCACCAACAAUUGCCUGUGGUGUUGUUAAAUACCUUUUUACUAUUUCUGUAAAAACUAUUGCGAGUCAUGUUAUGAGGACUAGACAUAAGUAUACUCAAGAAUCAAGGGGAGCGUAUAGUAGAGACUUUUUGUCAGAAUCUGCAGUGCAAGACAUUGAGUUGCAAUCAAUAUUGAUUUCUAUGUGUGCAGCUGAUAUCCUAUUUUAUCCUUUUGAAACUAUCAUUCAAAGGUUACAUCUUCAAGGCACUCGUACUAUAAUAGAUAAUUUGGAUACAGGAAGAAGUGUGACAGCUUUAUUGACAGAUUAUAGUGGCGCUGUUGAUUGUUACCAUACCAUUAUUGAAACAGAAGGUAUUCUUGGUCUGUACAAAGGUUUUGGAGCUCUUAUGAUGCAGUUUGCUAUUCAUAUUAUGGUUCUGAAGACAACAAAGUGGGUUCUUACAGAGAUUGUAGAAGCAACAAUGUUAAAACCGAACCCAAAGCCAAUAAAGCCUCCGCCAAGUUCUUACUAUAAUGAAAUUUAAAUAAGAUUUUUUUGACUUGAACUAAUGGAAUUUUUGUUAAAUGAUUUAUACUACAAAUAGUGUAAAAGCUUUACGAUUUUUUUUUAUCUUACAGAAGAAUAUUGUUAAGAAACGAUGUCGUUUUUAUGAGAGUGUUUCAGAGAAUGUAUUCUUUCUUAUCUUAAAAAUCUGUAAAUAUUUAUGAAAAAAAAAAUUCUUGGCUGGUGAUGACAUUUAUGUAAAUAGAAAUCAAUUUUAUUGAUAUCCAAGUUGCUAGUCGAAAAUUGUCUUAACGAUAUUUAUAAUGUGUGA